UUUGAGAUUAAGGUUGACAUUUGCGAUCCUGUGGACAAGUGGAGUUUGCGAAAUGGAGAGAGUUAUUGUUGUUGGAGGAGGCGCUAGGUCAGGUUGUGGUACUGACUCUUUAUAAAAGGUUCGGAAGCGAAGCUAAUUCUCAUUCCGUGAGAUCUGGGUAUGAAGUUCCAGCCGAGGUUUCUGGCGGUGCCUGGAGUUUUGCUCCUUUUGUUCGGUGUGGUUUUGUUGUUCGCUGUCCCAGCGAUAAUGAAGCGGAAAGUGAUGGCGGUGCCCCUUCUCCACCCCAACCUUCUCUGCCUUAAAGAAGUAAACUCAAGCCGAUCUUGUUAGCUAAACUGCUCCAUCCCAGGGUUCAGUUUCCAGCAUGUUACCUCAGUGAGGUGUAAUGAAAUUCCAGACAAGGACUGUCUUCGACAAAAGAGAAUUUAACCACUGUUCCUUGACAUUCAGUGCCAUUACCAUCACUGUAUCCCUCAGUAUCUACAUCCUGGGAAUACCAUUGACCAAGAACUGUGCUGAAUCAUCCACAAAGUUCAGAUUGAUCCAGAUAGUGGCCUGGCCUACACCAUGUGGCGAGACAUUCCCGUACCAUUCUACAUGUCGCUGUAUUUCUUUGAGGUUAAAAAUCCUCAAGAAAUUCUGCGUGGUGAGAAACCAGUUCUUGAGCAGCGUGGGCCUUAUGUUUACAGGGAGUACAGACAGAAAAGCAACAUAACGUUUCACAGUAAUUAUACUGUCACAUACCGAGAAUAUCGGCAUUACCAUUUCUGUCCUGAACGGUCAGCUGGGAAUGAGAGUGAUGAACUAAUCUUGCCCAAUAUGCUUGCUCUGGGUACAGCUUUAAUGGUUGAAGAUUUGCCUUAUGCUUUGAAACUGAUCUUCAGCACUGCCUUGAAGACAUUUAAUGAAACCCCGUUUAUUAAGAAAUCUGUGAAGGAGAUCAUGUGGGGAUAUGAUGAUCCACUUGUUGAUUUUCUUAAUCGAGUUUUUCCAGGCUUACUCCCAUUUAAAGGAAAGUUUGGUUUGUUUGCUGAUAUGAACAACUCGAAUACUGGGUUAUUCACAGUUUACACAGGAGUUGAUAAUAUUACGAAAGUUCAUCUUAUAGACAAUUGGAACGGUGUUAAAGAGGUUAACUACUGGCAUUCCCAGCAGUGUAACCUGAUAAAUGGGACAGCGGGUGAAAUGUGGCCUCCAUUUAUCACUCCUUCAGACACGUUAACCUUUUACAGCCCAGACUCCUGCAGAACAUUGGAACUAGUGUUUCAGAAAUCUGGUUGGACUUUAGAUAUACCUUCUUACCACUAUGUUGCCCCAAAGACCAUGUUUGCAAAUGGGACUGUGUAUCCUCCCAACGAAGGCUUCUGUCCAUGCAGAGAGUCUGGAGUUCUGAAUGUCAGUACGUGCAGACACAAUUCUCAAGUCUUUAUCUCCCAGCCGCAUUUCUACAAUGCUGACCCUGUGCUAUGGAAAGCUGUUGAUGGACUAACUCCCAAUGAGGAAGAUCAUGCACUCUUCAUUGAGAUCCAUCCUUUAACUGGAAUCCCUUUGAAUGUCUCCAUCAAAUUGCAACUAAAUCUGUUUGUGAAGGCAGUGCAAGGAAUCUCGGAAACUGGAAAAAUCAAGCCUGUGCUGUUGCCAUUGCUUUGGUUUGAUGAGACAGGAUACAUCGAUGGUGCGCCUCUGCAAACUUUCUAUAAUUUCCUGGUGUUGGUGCCGACUAUUUUGGAAUAUUUGCAGUACAUCCUGAUUGCUGUUGGUUGCCUUUUGGUGUUAGUUGCGAUAGUUCUUGAAAUUGCUUGCUGGAAAAAGCAGGACAAAAACAUUUUAUUUUGGAGUAGUAAGCAAUGCACCAAGGACAAACCAUUUCCUUCAGCAAAAUCUAACCCUGUGACUUUGACCAAGAAACGGGAGGUCGAAGUCUCUCUCCAGACUCCUGUUGAAGGGACUGCGAUAGAUGAAGAAAGUCAUAAACCCUCUGAAGAUGUCUCGCUGCUGCAUACGGAUUCCAAUGAGACAUUGCUGGAGUAAAUCAUUGUUUCAUUUCAAGUUCGGAUAUAGUUUUUGAUUACAAGGAUUAUUCCUACAUUUCCUAAGAUGUUCUUUCUGUAACUUGCACUGAAUCCCUGACUCAUGCUAGCUGAAAUUUUCUGCAAGUAAACCACCAUAUUAGCAAUUUAUCCUUCACAAAUAGCACAGAAAUGCUUUUGUGUGAAGAAACUUUAACUUAGUGCAGUCAGUGUUUGCCGAUGUUUUAUUUAGUUAUAGCUGCAUUGGGAUAACUGCCAAAUAUUGGCUGCAUUGCUUGGUCACAAUACAUAUCUCUGGCAUUCACUGUUUAUGAAUGUAGCUGUGUGCAUGGAUCGUCAAUGACACAGGAAGCAACAUUCAGUCUUUAAUAACUUCAUUGGUUUAAACAUGAAAAUAAUCUGAUUCUUAAAGACGCAGAUCUCGGAAUGGGCGUUUUACUGGAAAUAUUUCUGAUACUUUUCCUCUAACGCUGCUGUUGAGCAAUCAGUCAUUUACCAUAUGAUAGAUUUUAGGAGCUUGAUGUACAAUCUUUCAUUAUUACAGCCCCUGAGUACAAAAACAAUACCUGAUAUUCCACUUAAUGGAAGUUAGGGAAAGUAGCCACUCAAUAAAAUAGUGUUUAUAGAUAUCUGAAUCAGGUAUCUUUUAUUAAUAUUUUGUUAAUGCACUGAUAGACAUAGUUGCACUCUUCUAUUAAACUUUAUGUAAAAUAUUUGAUAUAAACCAUCACCCUUCUAGAAAUACAGAAUAAAGAAUGAACUUUAGACAUUCAGGUUGAAACCUUUUGAGUACAGGGUAAAAAUCUUAAUAUGGAUUGCUACAAUAAUAUUGAUUGUAUCUGUUAAGUAGGAGAAAGUGAGGUCUGCAGAUGUUGGAGAUCAGAGCUGAAAAUGUGUUGCUGGAAAAGCGCAGCAGGUCA